CCACCGAACUCAUCCCACUGAACUCAUCCCACUGAACUCAUCCCAUUGAACUCAUCCCACUAAACUCUGGCCGACGCCACCUCUCCCGUGCCCUGUUGUUGUGACGUCCGUCAUCGUCAGUGGGGCCAAGACCCAUACCCCUCCUCCUACUGCCUGUUCACUCCGCGAUCUCCAGUACUACUGUGGUUCAUGUGAGACGUUGUCUUCCGCUACGCCAACGAAUCAAUGAAACUCGAAAUUCCGCAGUCGUCCCUGCUUCAUUGCAUGAAUGCCGCCCUGCUUCCUCCAAAACACACGCACACAACGACCGACGACGACGAUUUAGAGCAACCGCCGGCCGGACUUGCAAUUGACCGCUAGACGAGUUGCCGAGACACCACACCGUUGGGUUUGGGUUGUGUGCCGGACGAAGCUAACGGAGACGAAAGCUUGAAGGCAAGGCUUUCGUUGAGUGGUGACGACAAACCAGAAGGCUUCGUGUGAAUUGAUUCACUUUCCACAGACAAAGGCUGGGAGGCUACCAGAGGCGUCCAGAAUGAUAGAGUGAGCGAGACCGCUUCACGAUUGUGAUACCCUCGACUGGUUAGAAGCCGCGCAGCACAGAUGGACCUCGAUAUCAUAGUCACCGCGCCUAUGAGCCAUGAUGAACGGGACGACGAGGCAAGAACGACGAGGCAGAAAUACAUUGCUCUCUCGCCGCAAGACGACGAAUUGGAGGAAUACACAGACCGGGAUGGGGCGGAAUAUACGCCGCAGCCUUGGUCAAGCACGACCUGCUCGUCCAUCAACGAAGGCGCUGGAGAUCUUGAGGACCUCCCAGCACUCUCCCAGACGGCGUCGCAACCUCGCAGAGUCUCACUUGAUCAAUUCUACGUGGAACACCACUUCCCAGAUCGAACUAUACACCCGCCUCCUCCGACUCGCCCCCCUCCUCCAAUCCGCGAUGCUCCCUUACCAACUAACACCACCACCACCAGCGCCGAGUCCCAACCCCCCCGGCUCACCGCUGACGACCUGGUCCAGCAAUCCUCCCUCUCACCACCGCCAUACUCCUCCAGCAUCCUCAACCGCAGCGCCAUAAAUAUCACUCCCCGCGUCGAAGAAGGCCGCGAGACCCUCCCCCCCUACACCUGCGACCUAACACUCACUGCGCUCUUCAUGCGCAAAUCCGAGCUCGAGGGCACCCACCUCGGCGAACCCUCCGAGUACUCGAAUCCUCUCCGUCGAGCCCCAAUGCGCACCUGGCACCGCGUCCAAGUCACCCUCCAAGGCACCUCCCUCACCAUAACCCCCUGCCCGCGCCUCUCCCUCAAGCGCUCCAAGCCCCUGGCACCACCACGCUCCUACUCCCUCCAACACGCCGAGGCUGGCAUCGCAUCCGACUACCUCAAGCGCCGCUACGUAAUCCGCAUCCGCGUCGAAGCCGACCAGCUCCUCCUCGCCUCCGACGAUGCACCCACCCACAUCGCCUGGCUCGAAGCCCUCGCAGCAGCCAUCGACCUGGCCCCUGCCCUCGACGAACGCUCCCUCCCUGAAGACGCAUCCCUCCCCCGCACCCGCCGUCGCGGGGUACACAACCGCUUCGUCGCCCCUGGCAGCGCCGCCGCCCGCCGCACAGCAGCCGCACGAGCCGCCGUCGCCUCCGCCGAAGCAGCAGUAGCGCCUCCCCCCCGCUACGCCGACGUUCCCGAGGCCCCCGAACCUAUCCCCGAACCUGUCUCCGAGCCUGAACUGGAACCCGCACCGAUCCCGGACCCCGAACCGGACAACCUUGCGCCCCCGCCCUCAGUCAUAGAUUCCUCCCCCUCAUCUAGAACUUCUACAGACACCCCGACCCUGACAGUCCGCCCCUCCCACCGCCCGCAACCGGACCCCUACAACAUCUAUCCCGCCACCCUCGCCGCGCGCGGCGCCCGCAACUCGGCCAUCACGCGCGACGGGAAGUGGCGCCCCAUCCACAACUGGAGUCCGAUGUACGACCUCAUCUACGCGAAGCGGUGUAUGGCGACGCUGUUGAAUGGGAGUCCGCGCAAGGGACCGUUUGUGAUUAUGCAGGGCGAGAGGUGGGUGGUUGAUUGGGAGACGGGGAAGUGUGCGAGGUGGGUGCCGAAGGGGGAGGGUAGGGAAUGGGGGUUGCCCAGGUAUGAGAAUUAAAAAUUGGUGUGAUGAUUGUGUAUAUUUGAGCGAGCCUGUUUGGGAUUGGUUUGGUCUAGAUGAUGGGGUUACUUGACGUUGGAUUUGGCAUCGAGGCUGUCGAACGAUAACAUUUUGCAUAUCCUUUUGCAUACCCCCUCUUUUAUUUUCACUUUUUGUUUUGUUAUGUUGGCGGGACAUAUAGAUACCGGAAUGGGCUGGGCUGGGAUGGGAUGGGAUGAUUCCAAAUUUGAAUAACUCACAUAACGAGUACUACGGGGCACAUUCUCGUGCCAGGUCAUGCAUAGAUUUAGGAGUUUGGGA